GCUCAAUGAUUGGUAGAAACGAACAAUUUCCUCGUAAAUCGAGCAACAUUGACUGAUAUUCUCAGCAACAUGCAAUAUCAGACGGGGCGACAGCAGUAUUCCUGACAUCUUCAAAUUUAACUGCCCUUAAACUCCUAAUUUCUCUCGUCUCGAAUACAACCUUACGCGGCCUUACUUCAGAUUCAAGCUAUUCUCUCCGGCGACUCAUCGGCGCCCAUUUACCCUUAGUAUGGCCUCUGUCAAUCGUUGGUUGAGACCUGAGGUAUAUCCUUUGUUUGCUGCAGUUGGAGUUGCUGUUGGUAUUUGUGGCUUUCAGCUCGUUCGUAAUAUCUGCAUUAAUCCUGAAGUCAGGGUGAACAAGGAGAACAGAUCAGCUGGAAUUCUGGAAAACUAUUCAGAAGGAGAGAAGUAUGCAGAGCAUUCUCUAAGGAAAUAUGUGCGUAACAAGGCCCCUCAGAUCAUGCCUACUAUCAACAGUUUUUUCGCUGAUCCUGAUCGUAAUUGAACUUCUUAAUUAUCAUUUCUAUAGACUUAAUUUAUUCUUCAUUGCAAUUUGUAAUCGUAAUUACACAAUGUUUUCAUAUAAUUUGAUUUCAUCCAUUUAAUUAAAUGAGAUUGAGGUUUGGUUAA